UCCAUUUUGACUCCGACACAGAGCAUUACCUCACGUGUCCUGGGCUGUCUCUCUCUCUCUCCCUCUCUCUCUCUCUCUCUCACAUGACCAGAGUGUUUGUUCCCGUGAUCAGCACUUCCAUCUCCCGUCCGUGACACCGAAUAUCACUGUGUACUAUAACCCUGAUGGAUAUGCUCGAACAGAGUCUGGACAGCGCAAGCCAAGAAAAGCAAGAAGAAGAGGUUGUCCACACAUCUGAAGACGGACCAGGAGAAGAGCAGACAGCUGUUACAAUAGCCAGUGUUCAGCAGGCUGCAGCAUUUGGUGACCACAACAUUCAAUAUCAGUUCCGAACUGAGGGUGGUCAGGUGACGUACCGUGUUGUUCAGGUGACCGACCAGCAGCUUGAAGGGCGAGAUGAUGGGGGUGGAGCAGUGAGUGUCGUCUCUGCAGCCGCCUUCGCUGGGGCUCCUCAGGCUGUGGCUCAGGCUGUGAUCCAAAACCCUUUCAGUAAUGGAGGAAGCCCAGCAGGAGAGGCGGUGGGUGGGGAGACGCGCUUCGCCUACUUCCCAGCAACUGCGGUGAGCGACGGGACCUUGUCUGUGCAGGCCGCCGCGGACCCCACACUCACACAGGCAGGGGGUCAGUUUUAUGUGAUGAUGACCCCCCCUGAUGUCAUUCAGACAGGCACACAACGAAGCAUCGCCCCUCGCACACAGCCCUACCCCGCAGAUGAAAACGAGCUGCUGCAGCAUGAAGGUUUAGACUGGAAAAUGGAUGGACCGCGAACACCGAGAGAUGAAAGGAGAAGAGCGCAACACAAUGAAGUUGAAAGGCGGAGAAGAGACAAGAUCAACAACUGGAUUGUCACGCUUUCCAAGAUCAUCCCAGACUGCAAUAUGGACAGCACCAAGACUGGAGCAAGCAAAGGGGGCAUCCUGUCCAAAGCUUGUGACUACAUCCACGACUUGAGGCAAAGCAACCAGCGGCUGCAGGAGAGUCUGAAGGAAGUGGAGAGGAUACAAGUGGACAACGAGCUGUGCAGGCAGCAGAUUGAAGAGCUGAAGAAUGAGAACGCUUUGCUUCGAGCGCAACUCCAGCAGCACGGCAUCGAGAUGGUCGGAGAGACGCCGCCGCAGUGAAGCAGAGAAAACAACAAAAAAAAACAACAACAACAGGGAGGGGGCACCACCACUCAGAUAUACAACCGACAUGCUGGAAAAGAAGGAGAGAUGAUGGGGGACAACAAAAAAAAAAAAGGACUUUGUGAAGAAUCACUUUCUUUUUAGUGAAUGCAUCCUUCCCUGGGCUCCCAGGUCGAGAAAAACCCUUCUCGGGCCAAUUGUGGCUGUACAUGACUGUUCCAAUUCUAUUGAGAUAACCACCUGUUACGACUCAGUAGAAAUGUGCUCCAAGAAAGUGAUGCCCACUCACCUCCAUCAGUGCUUCACCAGCACGAACUACAAAAGAAAAAACCUCUGCUGAACUCCUCCCUCGUUUUGUAUUUAUGUAGCCUCACUCACGGACUAUGAUGUUUGUUGUUUCAUUUUUUUUUUUCAGUGUAUUUUCUCCCUAAUUACUGAUUUUGACUUAGUUCAUGCUUUUAUUCUGUUUUGUGUUUUUGAGUUCUGUAUGAAUGUUUGUUUUUUUUUUUAGCUGCUUUAAUUUAUUAGUCCGCUUGCUGGCUGAAGCCUUGAUGGAGACCAGUUACAUAGAAGCUCACGCACCCCCAGAGAAGCAGAUUUUUUUUUUUUUUUUUAAGUGAGAAAAACAUCAAAGUAUGCAAAAACAUUGUGAUACUACAGACAGAAAAUAAAAAAAAAACGAAGCUUACCUAGACCCAAAGACAAACGAGGAGCUGUGCUGGCCCCGUGCUUCUGGACUGAUUUAUGUAAAUAAGACUUGUCGUGUUUUAAUACAGAUCUUACACAAUGUUAGAGCAGAUUAUCUCUGGGAGUAAACAAUCAAUAACUCAUUAAGUUCAUGUUGGCCCUUUAGUCAUCGUAAUUACCAUGAAGUGUGUGUGUGUGCAAUCUUGGAGCUUGAUUUGAAGGGGAAAAAAAGAAGUGGUAGACUUGAAUUGGCGGGCAUUUGCUUAACCAGAGAAAAAAAAAUCACUUUUUAAAAAGAUCCAACUGUUCAAAUGCUAUUUAAUUACAAAUUGAAAUGUAACAAGUUUGGAUCAUGUAGAGGAUUAACAAACCCAAAGUGCUGGAUUGUGGACUGGAGAGGGGGGUGCGGUGCGGUGCAAAUUUUCCAACUUUUGCCAAACUAUCUAUAGAUAUUGUGUGUGUUCUUUUUUAUUUUAUUUUUUUCCUUUUUCAUCUUUUGUUCGUGUGUGAUUUCACCGCUGUCUCAAUACGCGUAACAAUAAUCCCCACAUGUUUCAUUUCAAGCUGUUUGCUCUAUUUUGGUAUUGCAACACUUCAAAUGCAGCUCAACGCACGAGGGGAGGGAGGGGAGGUGGGGGAGAGAGGAGAGGAGAGGCACCCUGGAGAGCGGCACUCAAAGACUCACUAUGGAAAAAGGAGUACACGGAAAAAGUACUGUGUUGCACUUCUUAGUCGAGCACAACUCGGUCUCCGUGAAAUGAAGGAAAUACUUUGAAAGUGGGGAAACUUGGAAAUGAGCUCACAUAUUUCUCCACCCACUCAGGCGAACAAUAAGUAAACUGUAACUGGUUGUACAAACGGCAAAACCAAUAUUAACAUUGUUGAUGAUUUUCUUUUCUUUUUUUUUUUUUUUUUUGGUGAAUGAAUAUACAUGAUGUGUUUUUGUUCCGCUUUGGGCGAUGUGAGCGGAAGCAGAAGAGAGCGAGAGAGAGAGAGAGAGAGAGAGAGAGAUCAAGCUUCAGAUCCACUUAUUAGAGCACGAUUGCUUCUCUCUGUGUCAACAGCUGAGGAUCCAGCAGAGCAAAACCAACACUGGCAAAAAUCAGGCAGACUAUCAUAUUUGGAUAUCUCAGACUCUGCAAGUUAACAGCUUCGUGCUUUUGGAAGUGCUGUUCUGCUGCUACUGCUAGAUUCAAACCUGAUGUGGUUGGUGCAAGUGUCUGAUCUAUCAAACGAGGCUCCGAGCCAAAGUUGAAUGAUAGAUGUAUUUUUGCGGUAGUUAGUUUUUUUUAGUUUUUUUUUUUAAACACCUCAGUGAGAGAGCAGUGCAGAGAAUGUUAAUGUUAAGACAUGAAUAAUGGUUUGGAAGAUGGAUGUUCACAAAUGAAAAGGUCACUUUUUUUUGUUUUUUCUCCCGUUUCUUUUUGAGAAAUGGCAAAAGAAUGAAGAAAAAAAAAAAAACCCUCCUUUCUGUAGCAGCCUCACUUUAUUCUCAGGUUAGAUUUUAAGACAUCUUUUCUAAGUAAAAUGGUGAAGAAUAAAACUUUCACUAGCUAAUAACCUUCAUGGACUUUGGUUGUGGCUUAUUGUCCUCCUGCAGGUCUUGGACAUAUAAAAAGAUUUAUACUUUAUUACUUGUGUGUCAAGCUGGUUUUCAGUUCCUCAUGUGUUUGUUCAUCUGUUAGUUGACAGGAUGGAAGAUAGAUUAUAAUUAUAAUAGAUUUGACUGAAAUGAGACAUGGGCUUUACUUAACAUUUUGGAUCACAACUCGAACUGUAGCUCGUAAAGUAAAGGUAAUAUUUUGCUUGCUCUAUCGGCUUUUAGAUGAAUUCUUGAGUAGUUCUCACCUGUUUCCAUCUCCAAAAAUAUGACAUCUGGAAUUCUUUUCAACUCUACCACACUUUCUAUUUCAUGUUUACAAAAUGUAGUACAUAAAAUAUUAA